UUAUUCCUGCCUUUUUAGGACACUCAGUGCCCACUGUACAGGGAGGAGUCGCACAAACCUGGCAACAGCGGUUGCUUCGCUAACGCUUCAUUGAGCCAGGAUGGGAGAUUUCGAAGAGCUCAGCGACGACCAUAAGGUCCAGAUUGCAGCUAAUUUCGUGUUGCACGCUCCUCCAGGGGAGUUCAAUGAAGUGUUCAAUGAUGUCCGAAUACUGCUUAACAAUGAUAAUCUCCUCCGUUCGGGAGCCACUCGUGCCUUUGCGCAGUACAACAUGGAACAGUUCACCGUUGCCAAAAUUGAUGGAUAUGAACAUCAGGUCCUAAUAACAGAGCAUGGAGACCUAGGUAAUGGCCGCUUCUUCGACCCACACAACAAAAUCUCUUUCAAAUAUGACCAUCUGAAGAAAGAGGCUAGCGAUCCAAAGCCCCACGAGGGCGAGGCUGCCCUCCAGUCAUGGAGAGAUGCCUGUGAUUCUGCACUGAGGACCUACGUCAAGGACCACUACCCCAAUGGAGUCUCCACUGUUUAUGGGAAAACAAUUGGUGGCCAGAAGACCAUUAUUGCUUGUAUUGAGAGCCAUCAGUUUGAGUCUAAAAACUUUUGGAAUGGUCGCUGUCGGUCUGAGUGGAAGUUCAGUAUCUCACAGCCUACAACACAGGUGGAUGGAAUCUUGAAAAUACAGGUGCAUUAUUAUGAGGAUGGAAACGUGCAGCUGGUCAGCCACAUAGAUGUACAGAAACAACUGACCCUGUCUGACGAGAACCAGACUGCAAAAGAGUUGGUGAAAAUUAUUGAGGAUGCAGAGAAUAAAUACCAGUUGGCCAUCAACGAGAACUAUCAGACCAUGUCAGACACCACGUUCAAAGCCCUGCGCAGACAACUGCCAGUCACCCGCACAAAGAUCGACUGGACCAAGAUCCUCAGCUACAGAAUCGGAAAAGAGAUGCACAACGCUUAGAGGCAGCUCAGAUCGGGGAAAAGCUGAUGUGUGAUGCAGCCUAACGUACUGUAUGUCCGUUGAGGAGUGACAGAUGUUACAUUUUCUGCAGAGCGUGACCGAUCCUGAGCACCAAGAGGCCAUUCUUUCAUUUUUUUAAACGAGUUCAGUGGUGUAACUCAUUUGCAAACUUUUUUUUAACAAAUAAUGCCUUUAGUGACACUGUGAAACUUUGGGUCAUUCCUUGUCAUUCAAAUCUCUCAGACCUAUGACACAUAGGGAUCAUUUUUCCUCAGCGCUUCAAACAGAUAUUCAUAUCAUUUAUUAAUAAUUUUAAAGAGCUUCCAGUACCUUUAUAUUAAAAAAGGCUGUAUGCAGCUCAGUAUGUUAUUGAACUGGAGAGCACCAAAUACAGUAAUACUUUCUAAGUUACAUGUAUGCAUUUGUCUGGUUGCAGGGCUAAUGUGUUUUCCUGUCCGUGACCAGAUUGUUUUACCUGUUGAUGUUUAUUUGUUGUUGGGUCUCUGUUGCAAAGACGUUUUGUGUCACAGUUUUUCUGCUCUGCGGCUGAUAAAGUAUCGGUGUCCUCCUGCCAGCUCUUUGUCUUCUAGCUUUUGCUAUAUUUUUAUACAAACUGAAAGUAUGUUUAUUAUUCAUGGAAUAAAACCUUACACCAUUA